AUGGACUCUCAGAAUACAGGAUUCCAAGCUGGCCGGGCCGAAGGCCAAGCCCAGGAAAAGGGAAGCCAAAUGAUGGACAAGGUAAACAAUGCUGCACAAUCCGCAAAGGAUUCAUGCCAAGAGGCUGGUCAGCAAAUUAAGGAAAAAGCUCAGGGGGCUGCUGGUGCUGCCAAGAAUGCUGUUGGCCUCAACAAAUGA